GUAUGAAAACCGCGGUGAUCCAAGUGUAUCGUAUAUUUUAAUGUUAUAACAUUAUCAUCAAUCUAUUCAUUCGUUAGAACAUUAUUGUAACGGCGCGCAAACACGUUUUGACGAGUGUCUGUGUUGGGUGCUAUAGGUGCUUAUUAUAGUAUAAGUAGCUACCUACGAUCAUGUCGACGGCGGUAAUGAUGCCAUUGAACUUCAAGCACAUCGUGUACAAUCACUUAUCGUCAUUUUCGUCCGUGACCAAAACUCACUAACGUUUAAUUUAUCGUGUAAUGAAGAUUAUUUGUGCGAUAUUCGCUGCGGUCAUUGUUGGGCAAUUGGCUAUGCCGUAUGCAUCCGUGUACGGUAGCAUCGACGCUAAACGACUGUAUGACGAUCUGCUCAGUAACUACAACAGGCUCAUCAGACCCGUCGGCAACAACUCUGACCGGUUGACGGUAAAAAUGGGUCUAAAAUUGUCACAAAUCAUCGAAGUAAAUUUAAGAAACCAAAUUAUGACAACAAACGUAUGGGUUGAGCAAGAAUGGAAUGACUAUAAACUUAAAUGGAACCCCGAAGAUUACGGAGGAGUAGAUACUCUACACGUACCAUCUGAGCAUAUUUGGUUGCCAGACAUAGUAUUGUACAACAACGCUGAUGGCAAUUACGAAGUGACAAUAAUGACGAAAGCAAUACUACACUACACGGGAAAAGUCGUUUGGAAACCGCCAGCCAUUUACAAAUCAUUCUGUGAAAUAAACGUCGAGUACUUUCCGUUCGACGAGCAGACGUGUUCUAUGAAGUUUGGAUCAUGGACGUACGACGGAUACAUGAUGGACUUACGGCACAUUUCACAGGCGCCCGACUCGGACGUAAUCGAAGUGGGCAUCGACCUGCAGGACUAUUACCUAUCGGUUGAGUGGGACAUCAUGGGCGUACCGGCUGUGAGACACGAAAAGUUUUACGUCUGUUGCGAGGAACCGUACCUGGACAUAUUCUUCAACAUCACGCUUCGGAGGAAGACGCUGUUCUACACGGUCAAUUUGAUCAUACCGUGCGUGGGCAUAUCGUUCUUGUCCGUGUUAGUGUUCUACCUGCCGUCUGAGUCCGGCGAAAAGGUGUCGCUGUGCAUAUCGAUAUUACUUUCGCUCACUGUGUUCUUCCUGCUACUGGUCGAGAUCAUACCGCCCACGUCGCUCACCGUGCCCUUGUUGGGCAAAUACUUACUCUUCACCAUGGUCCUAGUCACGUUGUCCGUGUUUGUCACCGUAGCCGUUCUGAACGUUAACUUCAGGUCACCGGUAACACACAAGAUGAGACCAUGGGUGGUGAAGCUAUUCAUUCAGAUCCUACCCAAGGUGUUGUUCAUUGAGCGGCCCAAGAAGGGAGACUCGAUCGACGAGGAUGACGACGACGAUGACGAAAAGCACGGCGAAAUCCUGUCGGGCGUGUUCGACGUGCCGUCUGAAAUCGAUAAAUACUUGGGCUACAACCGCGGUUACAGUUUCGAUUAUGAUGUACCGCCGCCGCUACCAUCCUCCAGGUUCAUCGAUGCCAGGGCCGUGUGCGUCGGUGGUGUGAGCGGAGGCGCAGGCGUGAGCGCCGGUGCGGGCACCGUGACCGGGUCCAACGACACGGUAGUGAACAUGGCGUCGGACGAGGACGAGGACGCGAUCGAGCUCGACGCUGAAGACGAGUACGACGACAUGUUCAGCCCGACGACCACGACGGACGACGGUCUGGCCAGCCCGACGUUCGAGAGCCAUCACCACCAUCACCAGCACCAACACGGGUGUCCGGUGGACCAGCAGCCCAGGCACGACCCGGCCAUGCAGACCAUCCAGGAUGCAAAGUUCAUUGCUCAACACGUCAAGAACCAAGAUAAGUUCGACGAGGUGAGUGACUUGUGCGACGGCAUGCGAAAUAUGUCGGUCGUGACUUUUACAUUUGAAACCUGCAACGUAGAAACUCCGAUGAUCCUGAGCAGAGAACUGUAUGAUCUUGAAUUUAGGUGGUUAAGUGACGGAAAAGAGUAUGAGAGAGUCGUUUUGCAAGCAGACAGUGUGAUUUUUGAGAACGUCCCCCCACUGUACAGUUAGCUACAUGACAAUAUUAUAUUAUCGAUAUUUGUAUACCUUAUCAUCGUUACUUACUCAACUUAACAGAUGAUUUUUUGUUCGAAUGGUUUUCUUAAUUUUAAUCCUAGUACUC